AUGCACGCCCUCAGCUCACGCGCAGUACUACACUCCGGCCACGGCCAGGUCAAACGACUCCUCGCCGUCACCAGCUUCAGCUCGUUCUACACCGGAAUCAUCGCCACCCUCUGCUAUGAGACCAUCUACCCCCGGCUGGCUGCGAUCGCUGUGCCUACUCAGAGUGCCAUGGUGCGCGGUAUCUUCUCCUCUGGCGUUGACAAUUUCCUCCACGUCCCCUUUCUGUAUAUGCCCGUCUUCUACUUCUGGACCUGCAUUGCGCGCGGCGGCAGCCUCGAGGGCGCGAAAAGAGAUCUGGAGCGCAACUGGAGGGAGAGCGUCGUCUCAUGCUGGGCGAUCUGGAUACCGGCGCAGACGGCCAACUUCACCGUUGUGCCGGUGCGGUGGCGCGUGCGAGCGAUGAAUGCGGGGAACCUUGCCUGGAUCGGCUGGCUGGACGCCAUUGCACAAAGAGGGCACGGUGAGGUGUGA